ACGCUCACAGGUGAGGACAAGCAAGGCUUCUGCAGACCUAGCGAGAGGAAGGGGUGGAGCGGAAUUCCAGGGCGGUACGUGGUCGCUCUGUGUGUGGGGCAACCCUGCGGUUGGCGGUGGAGGAGCACCCUGCACCCUCGCCCGGAACGGGGUACCCAGGCGCUGACUGAGCAGGGACAGCUUUGUGAACUGGGCGAAUCUUGCAGGCCUGGAAGGACUUCCAGCACUACUUGGUCCAUCCCAGACUUACAGGAUUCGAUUGCUGGAACUGUCAACUCCUGCAACCUGUAUUUCUCUUCCACUAUGAGCAGACCGACUCUGUUGCCCAGCUCUGUGCCUUUCUGUAGCGUUCUCUUCCUCACCUUAGCCACACAAUGUCUAUCUUUCCCAAAAGUGGAAAAAAGGGAGAUGGCACAUGCGUAUGCACAGGCAGAGCAGUCCCGGAAGAUGAAGACAGGUGACGGAGAAAACAUCUCCUCUGCUCCAGAGCACAUGCCCCAGCAGACAUCCUCUGAAGCUUCUAUGGUACUGUCUGCGGAACCAUCUGUGAUGCCAUUAAAUAAAGUUUUCUCAGUCAACAAGGAACACCACCUCCCUGGAGCUGGACUUCUGAAUCCUAAUGUCCCUGAUCUUCACUCUUCCACUGAGCCAGAGGUCUCAGCCAGGGAACAAGGGCAUGGUCCCAGUCAACUUGAAGGAAUGUCUUCUGAACAGAGACUGUCCAAGGCCUUGUCAAUCAUUGCUGUCUCUCCACUUACUUCUCUUAAUCCUCACCAGGAGGGGCCCCAGAGCAGCUCUAGCACCCAGCCCAUUGUAGAAGGGAUCACAGUUGUAACACGUGACUUCCCGAAGUAUGUGGAUAAUCAGUUGUUUGCAACUGAAAGUCAAGAAGCAGUUAGCUUGGGAAAUACACCUUCAUCCUAUGUAAAUACCAAAGAAAUGCUAACUGCCAGUCCAAGAACAGAGAAAGCUGAAAGAGAUGCAGCCAAGAGGACGACUGCCUUUCCUGGUGUCGAUUCCACAGCAGACACAGAGCAUGAUGAGGAGAGGCCCUUGGAGGAAUCAGAUGACAAUGUGCAGACCACUGCCGGUACAUACCUGGAGACAACCCCUGAGGAUGUUCUGAAUAUUGAUCCAACAGCUGACAGUCUUCUGGGGGACCUCAAGGUGACAGUGAGUGUCAGCACAGCUGUUCCGGUUUCUUCUGUCCCAAGAGAUGAAUGGGAUGACACCAAAUUUGAGAGUGUAAGUCAGGCAAGGACCACAGAUUCAGACCGUGCAGAGACUCGGAUGAGAACAAAGCCACCACAUGGAGCACAUGAGAGCUUUGAAGGGACUGAGGGGAGCCCCACUUCCACAGAGGUUAACAAGGUGGCACCUUUGGGGACAGCUCUGGUAAUUGCACUGGAGCAAGAGAGAUCAACAGUCUUUGCCCAUCAGAUUCCUUUUAGUCCCACGAGUCUGACAGAAGACCCUGAGGUUUCCACUGUGAAACUGUUACCAAGUGCUGAAGGCUUCACAGCCUCCACCCUAGAGGACAGGACCAUGCUUUUCUCAAAGACUGAAGUUUCUACCUCUCAAUAUGAGUCUCUGACACAUCAGGGAGUAGGAGAUAUGUUAAAAGACAUCACACAAGAGAUGACAAUGGCCACACAAGAGCCAGACCCCACAUUACCCUUGGUGACACAAGAGCACGUUGAGGUCCCCAGAGGCAGUGGUGAGCCUGAAGACGGUAUGCCAUCCCCCUCUCCUGUGUCUGCUGAUGUGGGUGCCGCCGAGCUCUCCAGAAGACAGGAGUCUCUGGCCACUCCGGCCUCCACAGCUGUUGUCCCUUUGUCUCUGGAAGUUACCUCUUCUAUGGAAGACCUAAUGGACACAAUCACUGGGCCAAACAAGGAAUUCAUACCAGUUUUGGGCUCUCCAGAGGCACUCCCUGCAAUGACUGUGGAAACUCCCACAAUUUCUCCAGCACUCCCAUCAGAGGGAAGAACUAUCUCACCCAUCAACCACCCAAACACAGCUGCCUCCUAUGGGCUGGAACAACUCGAAUCUGAAGAGCUAGAAGAUGAGGAGGAUGAGGAGGAUGAGGAUGAAGAUGAAGAAGAGGAGGACGAGGAAGAAGAUGAAGAAGAUAAAGAAGCAGACUCCUUGUAUAAGGACUUCGACAGUGAUACCGAGCUGCCAGGGUUCACUCUCCCUGGAAUCACAUCCCAGGAACCAGACGUAGAGGCAGGAAGCCUGGCCCUACUAGAGGUAGCAACCUAUCAGGUGCCAGAAACCAUGGAGUGGGAACAGCAGAAUCAAGGUCUAGUGAGAAGCUGGAUGGAAAAGCUAAAAGACAAGGCUGGCUACAUGUCUGGAAUGCUGGUGCCUGUUGGGGUUGGGAUAGCUGGAGCCUUGUUCAUCUUGGGAGCACUCUACAGCAUUAAGGUUAUGAAUCGCCGAAGAAGAAAUGGCUUCAAAAGGCAUAAAAGGAAGCAGAAAGAAUUCAACAGCAUGCAAGACAGAGUGAUGCUGCUAGCAGACAGCUCAGAAGACGAAUUCUGAAUUGGACUUGGGUUUAAUGAAUGAGAUCAUUGUUUUAUUUUUUAUUUGAGGGCAAAAGAAGAAAGAAAAUAAAUAAAUAGCAACAAUAUCUCACCACCUUGCUGCUACUGGGCCUCUGGUCCAGCCCUCAUCUCUGCUGGAGAGUAGAUUUUUCUUGUGCUGAGCAGAAAAGACGCCCUGUGCACUAAAUGUAGCAUGCAGUGUUCAGUUAUUCUGCAGUGUUUGCCAUCACCAAGGGCUGCAGUUCAAGCACAGAGCGCACAUGUUAACUAGGAAUAGCUGGGUUAGGUAGAGUAAAUACGCUGUAUUUUUCCACUACCUUUUCCUUGGUUUGGAUUACUGUACUGAAAAUGGUGUUGCAUGAAAGCAUCCUUGGUUUGGAUAGACAGUUUCUAAGGAAGAGUAAUUCCACAUAAUCCUCCUACGAUUUUUUGAAAUCGUUGGCUUGUGGACAUCAGUGAACCCUAUGUCUGCACCAAGAAUGAGUUAUCACUUGGAAUGAAAACUUUCUUCUGAGAUACCCAAGCCAAUUAGGGUUAUGUGCAGGUUUGCAGAUAUCUUGAGUUAAACCUUUCAGUCUCAGAUUUUAUUUUUUCAUCUUCUAGUCUCACUGUUAGCAAGAAAAAAUGCACUAAAAAAUGUGCACUAAAGAGCCCUUAGCCUUAAUUUAUGCUUGCUUUCUUAAAUACUGUUAGUCCAAUGGGUGUGAUGAAAGAUUCUUGUUUGCUUAUCAUUACAAAAUAUUCUAUUGGUAUAUUACUGAAAUUAACUGAGAAAGAAAAAAGGGAUGACAUGAAGAUAAGGGUGUGUAGGCUUCCAGAGUGUUUGUCCCUGCUACUUGGUUCUGUGUUCAUGUGGCCAUUACUGUGGUAAGUCAGAGGAUCACUUUUCAUGUCUACAAUCUUGUUAUGGAAGGAGUGGGCCACCAGUGGUCUCUUUUGGCUUUAUUAGAAAAGGCAGGCAUUCUUUGAUAGAAGGUGACCCAGUGGUCUGAGUCCUCCCUCGUGUGCAAAUAAGCUCUAGCCGUCACACACGUGGGAUGAUGAACGAUUAGAUCCUUUCUCAUUUUUCUUGGAAUGCAAUUCCCUCUUCUAUACCGAAGAACACAUUCAAACACCAUGUUUGAAUCUGGGUAAUUGGAGAUUUUACUGCAUUGCAUUUAGCAGUAUGGCUUGGAUCAGUUCCAAGGAUAGAUAAAGGUUACCAGUAGUGCUGUUACCAUGGAGAAUUUGUUCAUAGACAUUAAAGCCUAUUCUACUCAGA